UGAACAGGCGGAAUCAACGUUUAUAUCGCACAGGCUCCUUAUUCUCAGCAAUUGCCUCGAACUUCCGAUCGAGACUGAAGGUUUUAACAUGUUAGCUACCGAAAUCGCUAACUUGACCGGCUGAGGUUGGCGGUGCGAUACAUCUCUCAGACGCCUCCGCUGUCCUUGGACGCUUCAGCCACACGAGUCGGACGGCGGCGUGCAUCAGGAUGGCACAUCUCCUGGACGGCGCCCGCAAUCUGGGCUGGGUCCUGCUGAGCUCCCUGCUUCGUUUCGUGUUCAUGUUCAUUAACAACUGUGUGGCCAUCCCUUCCUACUGCUUAUACUUGCUCCUUCUCCAGCCACUGAGACUAUGGGACGGUCCUACUUUCUGGCAAAUUGAAGGAAUAAUGUUCAAAUGGAUGCUUGCUAUGGUGUCCUCUUGGGGCUGGAUUGCAGGUUACACAGUAACGGAGUGGGGCGACGAUGUGAGGCCCAUCUGUGAAGAGGAAGCCAUGGUCAUAGUCAACCACCAAGCCACAGGAGAUGUGUGCACCCUCAUGAUGUGCCUACAAGACAAGGGCACGGUGGUACGUAAGAUGAUGUGGUUAAUGGACCAUGUGUUCAAAUACACCAACUUUGGUGUGGUGUCGCUGAUCCACGGGGACUUCUUCAUCAGACAGGGUAAAGCUCAUCGGGAUAAGCAGCUGGUGUACCUUAAGGACCAUCUAGACAGAUACUACCACAGCCGUGACAGGAAGUGGAUAGUGCUAUUCCCUGAGGGGGGCUUCCUGCGCAAGCGACGGGAAACCAGCCAGUCGUUUGCGAAGAAGAACUCCCUCCCCCAUCUGACCCAUGUGACACUGCCGCGUCUGGGAGCGACCCAGGUCAUCCUGAAGACCCUGGGAGCCCAGCAGGAGAAUGGCAGUGUGGGCAACAAGACUGGGAACCCCAGCCAGUCAGGUAAUAAGCGUAAAAGCCUGCAGUAUGUGGUGGACGUGACCAUAGCCUACCCCAAAGCAAGACCCAUGGACAUCCAGACCUGGAUCUUUGGCUACAGACCUCCUACAGUAACACAUGUGCACUAUAGGGUGUACCCUAUAAAAGAGGUUCCGGUGGAGACGGAGCCCUUGACCGACUGGCUGUACCAGAGGUUUGUGGAGAAAGAGGAGCUGCUGGCACACUUCUAUGACACAGGAGCCUUUCCUCCACUGAAGGGCCAGAAGGAGGCAGUUUCCCGGGACAUGACUCUUGACCCUGUGUGGCUGUGUAUUAUCCAGUCCCUUGCUUUUGCCUCCGGCUACGUGUGGUACAGCGUCCUCCAGUACUUGUACUGCUGUUUAUUUUGAGCACGCCAAAGAGGCGAGAGUACAGCGGACCAUCGGCAACGCCUCAGGAUCGGUUGGUGUGUGGCCCA